AAGACUAAAAGGAGAAAGGAAAAACCUCGGACUUAUUUUGCGAAAACUAAUAAAGCAAACCACCCCCCCCCCUCCCUAUAUAAUUAAACGACAAAAUUACAAACUUGUUAAACUCUGCAUUAGAAACAAAAUUUCCAAAGAAAACAUCACCCAAAAAACUAUGUGAUAAUUAGUGACUUUUCUGACAUCAAAAACAUCAUGAGAAUAAUUAUCCAGAAUUGUAUAGAAAAAACAAUUGGAGAAGGCAUUAAAAACAAAAUUGAGCCUGAUACUUUAGGUUGUAUUGUGAGUUGUGAUCUAUUUUAUGAUGAUGUAUGUAGUCCAAUAUGUGAAAUGUCUAAUAAUAAUACUUUGGACGACAUUCUAGAUGGAAUUAUAGGAAAAGCAUAUUUACUGAGGGGUGAACCUUUUACUGUGACAGUCACUGGAGUAAAUGUGAAGGGUCUUCCUAAAAGAACAUCUUUUAACAAUGUGUAA